UUAAGAGAAGAGAGAAGUGAAAAGAUAAUUUUUGUAUUGUUGAGUCUCUCCUCUCCUCUCCUCUCCAACUCCAACUCCAAUAUGGAUUUCGAAAGUGCUUUGUCCAUCGUGAAAGGAAGAGAUGGAUGGAACGAAUGGUAUGAAAAAGUUUCUGAAUUCAAAAGAGAUUUGGGGAAGGAAGAAGAAGAUGCAGUAGGGCAUGAGGAAUUGAAGCAUGGGCGGAUUUUUUGGGAGAAAAAGAAGCAGCAGAUUUUAUUAUCUUAUGAUCAUUGGAAAAUCCAAAAUGUAUUGAAAUAUGUUGGAUCAAAGUAUGAAGGAAAUGAUUACAUGAUUCAAUUUUGGGGAGAUGGAAAGGUGGAUGGGAGCCUCAUCACAUCGUCAUUCUCCUUUCUUCUUGGCAGCAACCUUUGGCAGGGGCAUUCUUGGUACAGACAGCUAACCAGCGAUCAUGUCUACAAUGUCGGAGACGAGCUUGGACCUGUCGGACGUGCCUACCGCAGUAAGCUUCCUGAAUCCACACCUGAUUUAAGGCUUUAUUCUUCCCACGAAUUUCCUCUGCGGGACGAAACUGCGCGCUGCGGCUAUAGAGCUUACAUGGUACUGCCUCUGCUCGAUCUCGAUACAAAUCAUUGUUAUGGUGUGCUGGAGUUCUUGUCACCAUUUCUUGUGGCGGAGAAGUUUGAGCUAUUUGCUGCACUGGAUCAAGGAUUACAGAUUGCUGAUUUGAGCUCCUCUUACAGUUUCAAACCAAAAUUGGGGCAGCCUGAGAGAGAAUUUGUAGAAAUAUUUGAAUUGGCUGUGAAGAAUGCCCCGAUGCUCUCUCUGAUGCAACUUAUGGUUCCUUGCGGCAAGUGUGCUAACACAUGUUGUAUGCAGAUGAAAUGGUUCAUAGACUCUCAUUCUAGGACUCCCAAUACAUUUUCUUCGGAAAACCAUUUUUUCUCUCAAUAUCUCAUUGAAGCUGCUGCAUAUUGCCAUCAACAAGUGGAUACAAGUGUUUCCCGUUCAAAUUUGUGCGAAGACGCUAUAUCUAACAAUCCAUUGGCGCACUAUGCCCAAUAUGCUAAGUUGUCACACUGUUUUGCCGUUUCUCUGAAUAACAGGUGCACAAUUCGAUUUUUCCUGGAUCCAAGCUGUAGAGAAGAUGCAUAUAGUGAUUGCGGUCAGCAGCUGCUCUUAAGGAUAAUGGAGACGAAUCUCAAGAGCUUCAAGAUUGUAGAGGCUUCUGAUACAAUUGGAAGCAGCAGAUCACUUGGUGGUGGUGGUGUAAAUGUGAUCAAGUCGUCGGGGAUUGAUGCUGACCUACAGGGAUUGCUUUUCAAUGAAAGUUUGUUUGGAAAUCAUCUUCAAUGUAUCCCAAUACCGAUGAAGGAGAUAAUCGAAACUGUUAUGAGUAGAAUAAAAGGAUAUGUUUGGAAUCCAGACAAAUGGAUAGUACAAUGUUGGGCACCUAAAAUGGUGAAUGCUAGGUUGUGUUUAGUCACUGCAAAUCAGCCUUACGUUGUUAGUGAUGCGAGUGGUAUGCUUCCUUUUAGGAUGAAAUGUGUGGCACAUCGCUAUUUGGCAGAUGAUGAAGCCAAAAAGGAGGAUCUUGGACCCCCCGGACGAGUCUUCAGAAAUAGGAAACCGGAAAUCACUAGUGACCUUUUCAAUUACUCUGCACAAGAGUUUCCAAUGACAAGUUUUGCAGUGUGUGGCUUCACUGAGAGCGGAUAUUUUGCUUUUCCCGUAUUUGAUGUUGCAAACAACAACAAGUGCGAGGGCGUGCUUGAGUUCAUCGGAUUUCCUGGCUGUCAACUUAGACGCAUUGCAACAAUGCUCGAGGCUGCAAAACUGUGCUCGGCUGCCAUUGACUUCAGCCCACCAAUUCUACGACUGCCUGAGAAUGAUUCCUCUAUACGCAGAGAUGCUUUGGCUGAAAUUUGCAAUGUCCUUCAAAUCAUUGAUUGGGAUAUUCCACAACUUGAAGCCACACAUGUUUGGGUGCGUAAUGGAAAAUGUAUUAGUGUUACUGAUACUAAUGUGCAUUGUAUGGAACUUGCCCUGUCUUAUACAUAUUACAACAAAUAUGUGGAUGCGGAUGAUGUGCAUACAAUCCACGUUAGGAGCAGGAAGGGGAUUGUUGGGAGUGCAAUGGCGUCUGAAAACAAAGCUUAUUUUUGCCCAAGUUUGUAUGAAUUCGGUAUUGAUGACCAACCAUUGUUUGAGAGGAGAAAGAGUUCUAGUGCUUGUUUUGCAGUCUGUUUGCAGAGUUCUCACACGGGUGGACUUGUUUAUGUCAUGGAGUUCUUUCUCUACCCGGGACCUUCAACAUAUAGUUAUGUCCGGUCCUUCUUGGAGUUGCUACUGCCAAUAAUGAAGCAUGAACUCAAGUCGUUUAAGAUGGCAAGCGGGAAACAACUUGGAGAAGAGUUGGUGGUCGAAGUUAUUGCUUCUGAAGAACGAAAACUAAUUGGUUCUGAUUCUGAUGCAGCAGCUAUGUUGUUCCCAGUCAGAUUUAAGAGAAUGCAGUAUGGUGAGCAGUCAAAAGCCUUGACAAUGUCAAGCCACAUUUCGGGAAAAGUUUGGGAUUUCAACAUAACGGAGAAUAGAAAAAGGAAACGGGGUCUCAAUCUUAGCCUUGAAGAUCUCAAGCCACAUUUCGGCAAGCGCCUGAAGGAUGUUGCCAUUGAGCUUGGCUGUUACCAGUCAGCAAUACGGACUGCAUACAAGAAACUUGGACUUGAAAGAUGGCCAACCAGAGAGGAUCUACUCAACAAUCCUUUCCUCUCUCAAGGAACAAGCUUUGCAAGAACCACUACAAGUGGUGCUAAUCCUUAGCUUAUUACUGCUUUCUCGUUUUCGGGUCUUUCCCGAAUUCUAUCCCGAGUAGAACCAUAUAUAUAGUACUCCAGUAUUUAAUGUUUGUUGUGUUGGUCACUCUGCUCUAUCAAGACUUUGUUUCUGUUUGUGUUGAAAACUAGUAUUCAACUUUAUUUGGUAUGUCAAGUACUCUCCUAUCUA